UCGAUCGCAAAAAGUGUGCUGAAGUCCGACACUGCAUCCACCGGUUGUGAAAAUGCGCGUGUAGAAUGGGGUAAGAAGAUCCCUGAGCAGGCAUUCAUCACCCUUCUCAACUGCGUUGUGCGAGAUCUGAAUCGAAACGGGAAUCGACGCGUGGCUACGUCAAGCAGGAGUGGCGUGAUAUCUGGUUCACAUCUCACACGUUUCGUCGAGCUGGUGCGCAAUACAGGUUCAUGUUUGCUGUUCCCGAGCGUCGGUGGUCACUGCGCAUGGUGA